AUGUUCAAGUUGCUUGUGUUCUGUGCACUUUUCAUGGUAAUGGGUAUUGGUCAUGGUUUCAAUCAUGGUCAGAAUUUGAAGGACUUCGAUGACUUUACGAUCCUCUAUAAUAAGCUUUAUGCGAAUACUUCGGUGCGAACAUUUGCCAAUUACAAUUUCAUCAAUAAUCGAAAUCAUAUUGCCCAGCAUAAUGCUCAAGAAGAACGGAAACAUAGCACCUAUCGCGAGGCAGUGAAUCAAUUUUCGGAUUUAAGUUUACAUCAGAUUAUUAACCUCUUCCCAAAGGCCCAAUAUACAGUUCCAGCACAAAACUCUACUCCCACUGCUACUACAGAACCAACGGAUACUGACUUUGACAUUAUCACAGGCAUGGGUUUGACCAUUGACGUGGAAGAUCAGGGCACUCACUGCAGUAGCAGUUGGGCCUAUGCCGCAGCCAAAGCCAUUGAGAUAAUGAAUGGCAUUCAAACGGCAGAAUCAACACCUGAACCUCUGUCUGCCCAAGAAUUGAUUGAUUGUGCCGGCAUGGGCACAGGAUGCACUACGCAGAAUCCCCAAACCGCUUUUGACUUUUUGAAACUAACUGGUCUUGCCACUGCCGCAGAUUAUCCUAAUAAUAAUGGACUCGCAACUCAGGGUGUAUGCGUGACUGAUCAAAUACUGACUGGGAUUAAAUUAGAAGCCUACUCAACGAUCAAAGAUGGAGAUGAUAUUGCCCUCAAGCGUUUUGUAUUCAAUAAUAUACCCGUAAUUGUAGAGUAUAAUCCGGACACCUUUGGCUUCAUGGAGUACAGCAGUGGAGUCUAUGUACCACCAAAGAAAACCAAGGCAAUCGGCUCUCAAUUUUUGGUCGUUGUUGGUUAUGGUCAUGAUGCCGAUCUAGACUUGGACUACUGGCGCUGCUUGAACUCCUUUGGCACCACCUGGGGUGAGAAUGGUUACAUCAGGAUUAUACGCAGCGCUAAAUAUCCUUUAGCCAAAAAUGCCAUUUUCCCGAAUACAUUGUAGAGAAGGAUGUUUGUUUGUUCUUCAAAAGAGUUCUUAUAAUACUUAAAUAUCUAAUUUAUUAAUUUGAAUACC